CGCCCCUCUCGGUUCUGUACCGUCCGGUCAGUGUCCAACGUCCCUUUACGAGUUUCGCGUGUUUUGUUUUGUCAGGCAAAGUGUGCAUUAGCGUGUCUAAGGGCCAUUCCUUGGUUUUGAUUCAGGAUAAAGGAGGAGUAGGACUAAUAAGGGGGAUUCUCCACAGAUGAUGCAGCUGCGGUGAGAUGCUGUGGUUGCUGGCGGUGGUCGGGCUGGCCUCGGGCGCUAGGGUGCGGCUGUCGGUGAUCGCCCCCACGCUGGACCACGUCCAGGCCCUCCCCGUCAUCCUCCCCAUCAUCGAGCUGGCCGUCCGCAAUGUCUCCGACCGCCAGCGGGGCCUCCUCCCGGGGGUCAACAUCACCAUCGCCCAGAGGAACUCCAACUGCUCCUCCACCUACGGCCCGCUGGCCGCCAUGGAGCUAUACAAUCACACUGAUGCCUUCCUCGGUCCAGUAUGCGACUAUGUGAUAGCGCCAGUGAGCAGGUACGCUGGAGUGUGGGAGAAGCCAGUGAUAACGGCUGGAGCCCAGGCAGACCACUUCGUCCACAAGCAGGAGUACCCCACGCUGACGAGGGUGAUGGGCUCCUACAGGGCCGUGUCCAUCGCCAUGAGGCACAUCCUCAACUACUUCAACUGGAAGAUCGCCGGCCUCCUCUACUUCGACUACGGGGCCACUUCCAGCAAGGGCCACUCCAAGUGCUACCUAAUGCUGGGCCCCGUCUUCAACUCCCUCGGGGCUUCAUCCACCCACAAGAGCUUCAACGACAGCGCCACCGUCGAGCACUUCAAGGAGCUCCUCAUCUACAUCUCCAAAUCCGCGAGAAUUGUCGUUGUUUGUGCCGAUCCUCCUGUUGUUCGAGAAAUACUUCUUGUUGCUGAAGAACUUAACAUGAUCGACAGUGGAGAGUAUGUCUUCUUCAACAUAGAGCUCUUCAAUAACCAAUACAACAUGCACAAGCCAUGGUAUGUGAAGGGAGAUAGCCCGGAGAGAAACAAGAGGGCCAAGAAAGCAUUCACAGCACUGCUUACAGUCACCGCACGUACUCCAGAUAGCGAAGCUUACCGGAAUUUCUCUGAUGAGAUAAAAGUAAUGGCCAAGGAAAGGUACAAUUACACCUUUGGACCUGACCCAGUCUCAACAUUCGUAACUGCUUUCUACGACGCGGUACUCCUCUACGCCCUUGCACUCAACGAAACCCUUUCAAGCGGUGGCAACCAGUCAGACGGUUUCGCAUUGACGAAGAGGAUGUGGAAUCGAAAGUUUGGAGGAAUUACUGGAGAAGUCAAUGUUGACAGCAAUGGCGACAGAAUUACUGAUUACUCGCUCCUGGACAUGGACCCAGAAUCUGGAGAAUUCAGGAUAGUGGCUCACUACAUCGGGACUGAAGAGAAACUGGUGACCAUGAACGACACCAAGAUCCACUGGUCAGGCGGAAGGACGAGCCCCCCGCCGGAUACUCCGAUCUGUGGCUUCGACAACUCCCUCUGCAAGUCUAUGCCUAUUUACGCCAUCCUGAGUAUCGCCUUGGGGUCGGUUGUCGUGGUUCUGUUCGUCGCUUCCGCCUUGAUGUACAGGCAUUACAAGUUAGAGGCAGAAAUAGCCUCGAUGACGUGGCGGGUAUAUCCUAAUGAAAUUGUCCACGUCACCCCCGGAAAAUUUAGAGGAUCCAUGUACAGUUUAGUUAGAAGAGGAUCGCAGUUGACGAUGUUUUCUGAAGACGGGGUAAGCCUCUUUGGUGAUGGGAGAGGUCAAGUUUUCGUCCCCACUGCUGUGUAUAGGGGUAACAAAGUUGCCAUCAAGACUAUUAACAAAAAUAGGAUUGAUUUACACCGUGGCUUGCUUCUAGAACUGAAGAGAAUGAAGGAUCUCCACCACGACCACUUGGUCAGAUUCUACGGGGCCUGUAUAGACCCCCCGAACUGCUGCUUGCUCACGGAGUAUUGUCCCAAAGGCUCUCUCCAGGACAUUCUGGAGAACGAGCAAAUCAAGCUAGACUGGAUGUUCAGAUACAGUCUGAUGCAUGACAUAGUUAAGGGCAUGGCGUUCCUGCACCAUUCGGACAUAAGGUCGCAUGGAAGCCUCAAGUCCUCCAACUGCGUCGUCGACUCGAGGUUCGUCCUCAAAAUCGCGGACUUCGGGCUCCGCACGUUGAGGCAGUACUCCUCUUUUGUGGAUGACGUCGACUCCUACUCCUAUUGGAAGCGGCUCCUGUGGACGGCCCCAGAGCUGCUGAGGAUGCAAAGCCCUCCUUCGGAGGGCACGCAGAAGGGUGACGUAUACUCCUUCGCCAUCAUCGUCCACGAAAUCCUCUCCAGGCAGGGCCCCUGGGCCAUGAGUGAGGUCUCUCUCACUCCCAGAGAGAUCGUGGAGGGUGUGCGGAGCGGAGGGAAAUGCCUUCGGCCGUCAACGACGGAGCUGUGCUGCGACGAAGAGGUGUCGGCCCUGAUGAAAAGGUGCUGGGCGGAGGACCCUGCAGACAGACCUGACUUCAAUUCGCUCAAGACGACCAUCAGGAAGUUGAACAAAGACAAUGAGAGCAAUAACAUCCUGGACAACCUGCUCUCCCGUAUGGAGCAGUACGCCAACAACUUAGAGACCUUGGUGGACGAGAGGACUGCGGACUACCUCGAGGAGAAAAGGAAGUGUGAAGAGUUACUCUACCAACUGCUACCCAAGUCGGUGGCCAGCCAGUUGAUCCUCGGGCAGUCGGUGGUGGCCGAAACGUACGACAGUGUGACGAUAUACUUCAGCGACAUCGUCGGCUUCACUUCGCUGAGCGCAGAGAGUACGCCACUACAGGUGGUCGAACUCCUCAACGAUCUCUACACAUGCUUUGACUCCACCAUCGAGAACUUCGAUGUUUAUAAGGUUGAAACAAUUGGUGACGCAUACAUGGUUGUUUCUGGAUUACCAAUGAGGAAUGGUAAUUUACAUGCCAGAGAAAUCGCUCGCAUGUCUCUCAAGCUUCUUCAAAUGGUAAAAUCUUUUACUAUCAGGCAUCGUCCAUGGGAUCAGCUGAAACUAAGAAUAGGAAUGCACACAGGCCCCUGUGUUGCUGGAGUCGUUGGACUAAAAAUGCCAAGAUACUGCCUUUUUGGAGAUACAGUAAAUACUUCUUCAAGAAUGGAAUCAAAUGGAGAAGCUCUUAAAAUCCAUGUCUCUCCUAAAACAAAAGAAGUACUAGACACCUUUGGGACGUUUGAACUGGAAUUGAGAGGAGAAAUUGAAAUGAAGGGUAAGGGCAAAAUGACUACUUACUGGUUAUUGGGUGAAAGAGACCCACCACCAGAUACACAAGAACCUUCUGGCAACAAUACUUUGCCAGGAAGCACAGUCAGUAACACAACAAUAGGCCACACAGUUGGUUGUGAUACACUCGAAGGCAGCCCAAUUAGUGGCAACACACUAUCCGAUAUAUCUGUGGGCAACACUAUUACUUCUCCCAUUCUUUCGAGGCAUCAGAACAACAUCAGUAAGCCGACUGCAAACCACAGUAGCAGCAUCACUGCAUCAACUCCCUUACUCCAAGGAGAUUCUGGUUAGGUACAUUUUAUUAUAAUAGACUAUUUAAUGAACUUUUUCCCAAACUAAAUAUAGUGUUUGUUUUCAUUGUAUAUACCUUCUAAGUUAUACCUCAUUUAAUUUUUAUCUAUUUUGGACCACAAUGCAAUAAAUACUGUCUCAUGGUAUGCCCUAUCCUAUAGUGGCUGUUGUAUAUAGACUUUUAGUAAUAAAUAAUGUUUUAACUUGUUAAGUUUUAUGUACAGUUAAUGUUUAAACAUAUUAAAAAAAUAUUUUAAAGGACCAAAUGCAUGCUCUCUAAAAUUCUCUUCACUUUGGAAAUUAAAUGUAGUUAGAAAAUUUAAAUUCGAAGAAAGGUUAAUUGGCAAAGUAAAAUGUUUUAUUUAUUUAGUUUCAUUCAAAAAUUUAUUUUGUUUUGGCUAUUAAAAUAAAUGUUUGACUAAUGUGAUACUAUAAACCCCUUAAUCUAUUGAUGUUUAGCUUUUUGUGUACUUAAAUUAUUAUAUAUAUAUAUAUAUUGUUUCAAUUUUAAAUUUGUUAUGUACCACCUGCUGGUAUUUAUAUUUGAUUAAGUGUUGCUAUUGGUUGUACAUUUUAUCUUUGUUUGAAAUUUUAAAAGUAAAAUUAAUAGAAGUUAUGCUUACUGUAAAAAUUUAAAAAAGACUUUAAGCAUUAUGCAUAAAGAAUUCGUAUUAAUAUGACUAUAAUAUUCAUUAUACUGUGUUUUUAUAGGAUCAUUAAUAAUUCUUUAUUGUAACUUUUUAUUGUUUUUAUUAUCUAAUUAGUUAAAAAAAUAAAUAAAUGGUAUGUUCUUAAAAGCCCACAUUUUGGAGUUAUUAUUAUUUUGUUCAUUUUAUGUAAAUUGCAGAUAAUAUGAUCAAAGAUCUCGAGAAUAACACAAUGAGUUCGCCAUCACAACUAGCUUGUCCCUCUACUUAUUUUUAUUUUAUUUUCGAAAAGUUAUAAAACCCUAGAUCCCAAAUAUUAACUUUAUAAGCUUUGUGGACAUGUAAACACAAUUUUAUGAAAAAUAAACUGUAAUUUCAUCGUUCAAAAAUAAAAUAAUAAAUCAUGUGCUAUAAUGGUUUUUCCGUUA